AUCGUAACAGAAUCUUUCUUCUCUCAUUGCUCUGAUUGAAUCACCGAGACUUCCAACACCAACUAAUCAACGACGUUUGCUUCGAUCGGAACACACCCUCUCCCUCAGCACCGGGGGGACUUGACCAGUCAGGCCGAGUUGUCAACCACCAAAAAGACGCCGCGAGGAAAGAAACCCCGCACCGCCUCCACUUCCCUCACUUCCCUCACUUCCCUCUCUUUCCUUCCCAAACGCCGACUGGCAAACUGCCACUGACUGGAUCGACUCCCACACACCACCUUGGGUCUGUUUUGCCUCCUUAUAGGCUAACCCCAUUAAUGGUCACAGCCUUUGCCCUUCACCGGGAGGGAUUUACAGUCCAAUCACAUCAGCAGUCACCUGCGUAUGCGCUCUGCUAGCUGCAUCCUAUUUUGGGGUCGCCUCACCGGACACGAUGCGCUGGGUUCGGCAGUCCAUCUGGAAUUGGCACAGCGAAUUCGCUGCUCUCCUUCCUCUUACCUCCUCCUCUUGGCUUCUGCUCCUACAACAGCAUCCUUACUACUUUGAAUGGACUAGUCCGGUGGAGUGGAACCAGCCCAUCGCAAAAUGGUCUCAUCCGUACAGGGAUGAUACCUCUUCCUAUGCGUGGGGUAGAGGAAGAAGAAAAAAAAAAGGUACCUCGGCUGGCUGACUGAACUUCAGGAACAUAAUGGUUAUGGUACCUGGAGGGGCGUCGUCCAUGGUUACAGUCCAUCAUUAUCCAUCGAUCCGGUCCGGGCGCGCGUGAAUUAGUCCCGUGGAUUGUUCCCGGAAGGUCCCGC